AUGUUCGGAAUCAUCAACUUGCCUAGUCGCUCAACCGGCACUGUGUCCAGUGCUUCGAGUUCCAAGAAGCGUUACGCACCCAUCGUUAACGAACUUCUCCAAUUACUCGACAAAUCGUUUCCUUAUGCUUCUGGAAUGGAGGCCCUCGAGCAAGCUAUCCAAUCUGCGCUUCAGUUCAGGAUCGUUGAGAUGGAAAGCUACGGGCUCACCUCGGCUAAAGGAUUUCUAAACUUUGCAACCUGGAUGGUCGAUGGUUGGAUACCCACCGAGUCAGCAAAGGGUAGAGACAUCUACUAUAUCUUGUGCAUCUUCUAUUUCGUGUUCGACCAAGUCCCGCUCAAGGAUUGUCAAACUGCGAUUAGGCCUGAAUCUGUGGGGCAGGAUCUGUCCGAGCUCUCCCAAUGGAUGGUGAAGUUUGCCAAGGAAGUUGGAAGCCACAUGGAUCGACCAGAGUCACUGAACGAAGCUUCACUCACUUCAUUCUGGAAUGCUCCAAGCUUCCAUGUAUUCGAGGCAGAUGAAUCCAAAACCGAAGGGGGGAAAUGGACUAAUUUCAAUCAGUUCUUCUGUCGUCAUCUCAAGGACGGCGCACGGCCCAUUGAUGGCGAAGGUGACGACAACAUUGUCAUUUUCCCUGCAGAUUCAACCUUCUCCGGUUACUGGGAUAUCACUGACGAGUCGAUGGUCGAGCUGAAAGGUCUACCAUGGCAUAUAGGUGAUCUCCUUGGGCCAUACAAGUCCGACUACGGCGAGUCUUUCAAGGGCGGGAUCUGGUUGCAUUCUUUUCUGAACUCAUUUGACUAUCAUCGCCAGCACGCGCCGGUGGGAGGUACUAUCAAAGUCAUCGACACGAUUGAUGGCGCGGCCUAUUUAGAUGUUGAAUAUCAGCCUGAUAGUCGGUCGUUGAUGCCAAAACGCCCUAUGCGUCCUAUAUACUCCUCGGGGCCUGUUUAUCGGGGAGCGGAGGCGACGGAUAAAGAAGGAUACCAGUUCCUGCAAGCACGAGGGAUCAUCAUCAUAGAGAACGACAAGAUAGGUACGGUUGCUGUUUUACCGAUCGGUAUGGCACAAGUCUCGUCUGUGGUAGUCCGGGACGACCUCAAGCCAGGUGCCACCAUCAACAAAGGUGAUGAAAUCUCACAUUUUGAGUUUGGUGGCUCGGAUAUUGUGGUCAUGUUUCAGGGCGGAAAGAUAGACCCCCAUACUCUCCCACAGCCAUUGUCACCUGUCAAGGAUCCCAAUUGCCGGAUCAUGACAUCGCAUCUUCUAUGGUGCUUUUGUGGUACGUUGUGGGACAGAAAGAGUCAUCAGAAUGAAUUGGCUGACAUCAGCCAUGCACUCUUAGUCUCACUGUUGGGGCUGUUAAUAAUGCCACCUCAAACGCGAGCAAUCCAACAUAGCGAAAGUGUGGGGGAGAAAAAGCGAAAACCUGUGCGCCGUGACCCGGAGAAGAGGCGGCAACAGAACAUUCAAGCCCAACGCAGAUACCGAGAAAAGCUACGUGAGCGCUUAGGUCGUCUCGAAGCGCUGGCAGAGUCUGCGGGACAGACCUCAGCCAUUGAAAGCACACCGGCUUCGGGCAUACAACCAAGUGGGGCGAUCACAGCGCCUGGCCUACCCAUCGCUUCAAGUACUAUCGUUCCAAAGACCCUUCCACUCUAUGAUGCUUCGGAUGUAUCGGUUCCGUGUACAUCUGUGGCAACCCUUAGUAAUUGCCAGCAACUUAUCACAAUCUCAGAUGGGAGUCCACCGACAUUAUACACAUCAGACUCCACCACAACACCCUAUCUAUAUUCUGAUGAAUCUCCCUCAACAAUAAGUGCCUGGGAUCCUCCAUCAUGUGUGGAUCCUUCUCUUCUCGUUCGCGAUAAGCCCAGUGAUAGCCUGGAGCUGUACUGGACAACCGCCAUUGACUGCGGCUGUACCAGUCCGCAUUUCCGAAUACAGACAGACGGUCCAGACCUUCUCGGCCGUAAUGAAGUCAGGGUAUUCAGGUUCGGCGCCAAUACAACUACAGCCGAUCCAUAUAUCAAUAGCCUCCGGAUUGAUAGAGUUUGCACCAUCGCUGCAAUUCUUGAUCUUGUUAGGCAUUUAGGCAUUACGGAGGAAGGUUUAUGUGCUGACCAAUCUCCCUCGCCAUUCUUUCGGCCCGGCGCAGUGGUGGUAGACGAUACAGCCAGGAGCAAUUUGAUCCGCACUGUACAAGAAACAUUCAAGACUUUAAAGCCAGAUCUGAGGCCAUCUCAAGAACAAAUCAUUAUCGAGCACCAUCCGAUCAUAGACAUUCUACCUUUCCGAACGCUACGGAGAAACCUCAUCACUCGCCAGCACGAUAUAGAUGAGGAUGAGUUCUUCGACGAUAUGCUUUCUGGCUUAGUAUGCUGGGGAGGUGCUGGCAUUGGGAAGAGGGAUCGGCAAGUCUCCACUGGGUAUGUAUCGACAGGUACGCCGUGGGAUGUCCGUAGUUGGGAGGGAAAGGUGUGGUUUUUGAAGAAAUAUUGGGCGCUUUUGGGUGGUGAAGAUGGUGAACUCAUACGACAAAGUGAAUGGUGGCGCAGUAUCAGGGGAGACGAAAGUGAGCAGGAGAGCAUGUGGCUAGGAUAG